UUGCAACUAACACUUUGGGUGACCAGACAAGAAGAUUAUAUAAAUAUAAACUUAAUUACAAAAUUAGGCUACUAUUAUUAUACCAAUGCAGUCUUGACCUUUGACACAUAACAUGUAACACCAUCUGACCAGAGGAAAAAAGCUCAGACUCCCAUUCCAAAUAACUUGCACAUUUUCAUUAUGUCUUUUUGCAUGACAUGCUGAAUAACAGUGAAGUCAAAGGUUUAACAUGACUUUUACAAAUUUGGCCACAUUAGGCUUCUUUUUACAUCUAGCAUGUACUCACUGCAAAACAAGUCCGUUGAGCACCAUAAGUUUCACAAUGCAUCAAAACAUAUAAUUUCUGUCCAGAAAGAAAAGACGAUCUGUACUCUCUGUUUAAUUGUUCCGAUUGGCUCCACCCACGAGUUGUCGGGCUAGUUAGAAUACGUAUGACUGAUACUGUUGCCGUUCCGAAGCAUCUGGAACUCGAGUUCGAACGCCUGGCCUCAGCAAAAUUCUUUGGACAUACCCCAAACUCCAUAAGCAGGCCUAUUUGAGUCAAUCAUUUUUGGUUCUUUCUUUUUUUAAAUCCACUGACAGCAAAGAGGACAAAAACAACGUACACGAAGCAGGAUACGCUGUAUGGUACGUGGGUUGUAAGGUACUGUUACGAGUGUUGUUCAGAGUCUGUUCGCCACGGUUCUGCCCGUCUGCGGCUAAGCCUAUAGUAUGGCGCUCAGAGCGAAAGCUUUGUAUGAUUUCAAUGCCGAAAACCCAGGAGAGAUAUCAGUAAGAGAAAACGAACUUUUAACUUUAUACAGCGAAGAAGUUGUCGAAGGAUGGUUAGAGGGAACUAAUGCCAGGGGGGAGACCGGACUCUUCCCAGCCUCAUACGUGGAAAUUCUGAGCAGUCAUCUCGACGCAAAUAUUUCGCAGAACAACAACGGCACAUCUGGAGAUGGGUAUUAUGGAGACCAUUCUACAAGUAGCCACGAAAGUCACCCCGUCGAAGUACCGAAGACCUCCACCCCCACUCAUUCGGCUUCUUAUCCUGCACAAGCACCCCAAAGGCACAGUUAUCAGACCAGUCAAGGGAGCGACGACGACUGGGACGAUGACUGGGAUGACAGUUCAACAGUGGCAGACGAGCCAUCCGUCAGUCGGAAUAAAGAUGGACAAUCUGGAUAUUCAUUAAAUACCUCACCACGUUCGCAACAGCAAAAAGGCUCGGCAACUGUGGGUAGAAAUCUCAACAGAUUCUCAACUUUUGUGAAAUCUGGAGGAGAGGCAUUCCUACUGGGUGAAGCAUCUGGAUUUGUCAAAGAUGGUGACAAGAUCUUUGUUGUCAUGGGUGACUGUGGCCCGGAGUGGCAAGAGAACCCUUAUCCGUUCUCAUGCAGCAUCGAUGACCCCACAAAGCAGUCCAAAUUCAAAGGGAUGAAAACUUACAUGUCUUACAAGCUUACUCCAAGUCACACACAAAGCCAGGUACAGAGGAGGUAUAAGCACUUUGAUUGGCUGUAUGCACGGCUGGUGGAAAAGUUUCCAGUUAUCUCAGUCCCGCAUCUACCCGAGAAGCAAGCUGCCGGCCGCUUUGAGGUGGACUUCAUUUCUAAGCGACGGAAAGGACUCAUAUGGUGGAUGAAUCACAUGACGAGUCACCCAGUCUUGUCCAGGUGUGAUGUUUUCCAGCAUUUUCUCACCUGCUGCAGCACCGACGAAAAGGCAUGGAAGCAAGGGAAAAGAAAGGCAGAGAAAGACGACAUGGUCGGUGCCAACUUCUUCCUCACCAUCAGUCCGCCCGCUGCCCCUCUCGACCUGCAAGAUGUGGAGAGCAAGGUGGAGGUGUUCAAGACGUUCACCAAAAAGAUGGACGAAAACCUCAUCCAGGUCAAUGUCACCAUAAACGAAUUUGCCAGGAAACAAAUCACCGGGUUCAAGAAGGAGUACCAGAGAGUUGGCCAGUCCUUUCGACUGCUCAGUCAAGCGUUUGAGCUGGACCAGCAGCCGUAUUCGGUGCCCCUCAAUCAAGCCAUUGCCUUCACAGGAGAGGCCUAUGAGGUCAUUGGAGACUAUUUCGCAGACCAGCCUCGUCAGGAUAUUGACCCUAUCGCAGACCUUUUAGCCAUUUAUCAAGGACACCUCACCAACUUCCCAGACAUCAUCCAUGUCCAGAAAGGGGCUCUUACCAAGGUGAAGGAGUGCCAGCACGGGGCCGCGGACGGCGGCGUCGGCGAGCGCUGCAACAUCAUCUCCUGCGCCACGCUGGCCGAGAUCCAGCACUUCCACCGCACGCGCGUGCGCGACUUCAAGGGCCAGAUGCAGCACUACCUGCUGCAGCAGAUCAGCUUCUUCCAGAGGAUCACCGGCAAGCUGGAGGAGGCCCUCCACAUGUACGACCAGGCCUAGCGGGGGGGCCCACCAAUCAGGGCACGCCACUGGAAGGCCAGGACGCGGUGGUGGCGGGCGGGGGCACCAUCAGUAUGACACCAUUUUCAAACAGCUGGGUGCCAGUCUGGCCGGAGUGAACAGAAGCAUAAAGUGCACAGACGGCUCACAGUCUGUCAGGGUGUUAUUGACUGAUGGGUAUUGACUGAUGGAAUAAGUAAUCGAAUAUGUGGGCCCCAGUGGUACGAGCCACCAAGAGCACAUUACUCUCCAGGGUAGGCUAUGUUGAGUAUUCUCUAGCAUGUAGAUGAAUUUAGUUUUGUUUACUAACGUUGCGGUUUUUCAUACAAGUUAACCCCGCGGACGUUUUCUGAAAGACCAGAUGAUUGAUUUGACAUUUGAAAGGACAUAACUAGUCUCAAUUCAUGUGUCUAACUCCUUACUGUCAUUCAUCGGCCUUUAAUUGUUUGAAUGUACUUGUACUGCCCGAGAUGUCCACCAGGUGCACUGAACUUUACCCUUUUGUAUCCGUUGUGCCUUUCCACUGAUUUCAAUGAUAAUGAUUCCUUCUGAAUGGGCAGUAGUAUAGAAUGAAGAUUGUAAGGAUGUGUGUGUCUUUACUCUACAGAUUAUGGCAGUGGUUCCCAAAGUGUGGGGCGGUCGCCCCCCACCCCCCACCCCCCACUCCAGGGGAGGGCGAGUUGAGGGUGAAAUCUAAACAACCAGCUACAGGUCAACUUUUGUAUGGCAGUGCUCUUACAGCAUUGUAACCUAUAAGGAACCUAUUUGGUGAUGAGUUUAUAGCCUACUUUUUACUUGUUGAAUAUGGUCAGGGCCUUCCAAAGUUAUAUGUUAGAAGGGAUAGCUAGCCUAAUUGUUAAUACAACAGACAUAUGUUAUGAACAUGUUCAGGACGGAUCACCCAGUGAGAAGUUAAAGUUGUUUCAAUGUUUUGAUCAAGAGCUCUGCUCAAAUUAAAUAAAAAGAAAAUGUCUAACUGCUAAAA